AUGUCUGAUGAUUCAAUUACUCCUUUGACCGAAGAUACAACAAAUGAAAUUGCUGAAGGUUCAACAGUAGUAACAAAAGAACGUAAAUUAGAUCCUUCACAUCCUUUUGUACAAGCAUUGUUAGAAAAGAAACUAGCUGCCGAAGAA